AUGGCGUCUUCCGGGUUUGAGGGGUUCGAGAAGCGGCUGGAGCUGGUGUUCACGCUGCCGGUGGGUGGUGGCGGUGUGCAGCAUGGGCUCCGGCUGAUGCCGGUGGAGGCGCUCCGGGAGGUGCUCGACGAGGCGCAGUGCACCGUCGUGUCGGCGGCCGGGAACGCGGCGUUCGACGCGUACGUGCUGUCGGAGUCGAGCCUGUUCGUGUACCCGGGGCGGGUCGUCCUCAAGACGUGCGGCACCACGCGGCUGCUCCGGGCGGUGCCCGUGCUGCUGCGCACCGCCGCCGAGCUCGGGGGAGGGCUCGCGCUCCGGUCAUGCAGGUACUCCCGCGGCGAGUACCUCUUCCCGGAGGCGCAGCCGUUCCCGCACGCCGACUUCGCCGACGAGGUGGGGUACCUCGACGGCGCCGUCCCGGGCGAGCUCCGGUUCCGCCGCUCCGCCGUGCUGCCGCCGCCGUCGUCGUCGUGCGGCGCCGCCUCGCGUAGGUGGCACGUCUACUCGGCGUCGUCGUCCUGCUUCUACCAGCGUCCCGGCGACGGCCGGACCAGCCACGCCAUCGGCGACGAAAUGACGGCGGCGUCGGGGAUCGCCGGCGUGAACCCGCGCUCCCUCGUGUGCGCGUACGCGUUUGCGCCGUGCGGCUACUCGAUGAACUCCCUCGACGGCGCGCGCUACGCCACCAUCCACGUCACCCCGGAGGACGGCCAUAGCUACGCCAGCUACGAGUGCACCUCCGACGACACCGCCGACGCGCUCGCCUCCGUCCGCCGUGCCGUCGCCGCGUUCCGCCCGGCCACCGUCUCGGUGUCAGUCUCCUACACCGGCGGCGCCACGUCACCGUGCACGGCGGUGGCCGAAGCCCUGGAGCCCCUCGGCCUAUCCUGCGAAAGCCACGCCGCCGAGGAGUUCCCCGGCGCCGGGACAGUCACAUACCAGACGUUCACGGUGGCGGCGAGCACCAUGCAUGAGCAUGACAAGUAG